AUGGGCUUCGAGGAUGAGAGCAUCAUCGCCUACAUCCUGCGAGAAACGGCCAAGGCCGUGAAGUACUUUCACGACAAUAUGCAGAUUCACCGUGAUCUCAAAGCAGGGAACAUCCUCCUCAGUUUGGAUGCAAAG